AUGCGUCACGAGUUACCACUGCAAAAUGGUGUGGAUGACUUUUCAAAUGAAGGAUAUUUAUCUUAUCAGACAGUAUCCUUCAUGCCAUAUUUAUUUAUUUAUUUUUUAGGCAAUAAUAAUUCUGAACCAAUUGACGCAGCAAUAAAUUCUCAAUCUGUUCCAAAUGUUAAUAACCAAUUAUUUGAGCAAUUAAUAACGGAAACGGCUAAAGUUGAAGAACAGCGUAAUACAAUAGAACAAUUAGAACGUGACAAAUCGAAUUUAACAGAUCAAAUUCAUAGACUCGAAAAAAAAGCAACUAAAAGAAAAUAA